AUGGCGGUGCAGGAGGAUUUAAAACUGUUCGGGAGCCUCUCCAAUCUCUCCUUCCGCCGCUCAACAGGGAAGAAGAGCAGCAAAGCGUCCCUGGAGUAUGAUGGGAGCUUUUCCGGGGACAAAUCUGCAGGGAUGGGCAACCAGUCGGUGGACGACAUGGAGUCCUGCCUCCACAGCCCCACCUACGCCCGCUCCUGUGAGAUGUACACACAUGUGGGGACUGUGCCUCGCAAUGACAAGCAGAAGAAGAGCUUUAAGGGGCUAAAGGAGAAGAAGACCAAGACAGAGGAGGAGGAGGAGGAGAAAGGGAUGAGUGAGAGGCAGGGCAAUUUGAAGGCGGGAGAGCAUGUCCGGGACUCGCCCCUGCUUGGUGCUCUGACAAGCCUUAGUGUGAACAAUAUGGAAAAGCCUCAGCCAGCUUUUGCGUUGGCCCGGUCACUGCCAGUGACACCGACAUCCAGCCGGACUUCACCUUUGACCUCAGAAUCUGACAGCUGUGAUCCUGCUGUGGAACCUUUAACCAGCAGUGAGGCAUUAAAGAGCAAGAUUGAUUUAGAAACAGCCAGAGAGCCUUCAGUUAAGAGCCACAAGGCCGCUUCGAACCAGGAUCUGUAUGUGCCGAUGGAUCCUAUAGCUGAAACAGCCCACAGCCACCUGGACCCCCAAACAGAGAGACUGCGAGGCGUCACACGUACACAGGAAACCACCACAGCCGUGAAAAGCUCACAGGAAGUGGAGUAUGCUGACAAGCAUCAGGACAUGACAGAUGGUGGAGGAGAAUAUGUGAAAUUCUCCAAGGAGAAGUUCUGGUUGGAGGCGCCGUCUGAGAAACUGAGGAAGCAGCUGGAGGAAGAGCUGAGGCUGAGCGGCACAAACCUGAAGAGCCACGCUUGGUACCACGGAUGCAUCCCCUGGCAGGUCUGCCUCUGACAUACGCACAUGCAAAUACACACUUUUUGUUUUGCAGCUGUUGCAUGAAAAUUUCAUAAUUUUUAAAAACACUUCAUUACUUGUGUUAUUUAGGGUUACACAAAAAGGAACUAUGAAUAAAGGAUGUUUUUAGCUUUCAUGCA